AUGCUUCUGAUCGCCUCGCCUUUCUACACCGCUCCCGUCUUUGUUGGUAUGCAGUUCAACUGGUUAUUGCUGGGUCUGCUUCUCGUUCAAGUCUACUACUUUUAUCACGCCUUCCCCAACGAGAGGUGGGGAAUCAAGGCCCUAGUGUACACUCUUCUGCUAAUCGACUUGGUUGAAACUGGCAUCGGCUCGUGGGCCACGUACGAAAUGCUGGUAAAGAACUGGGGCAAUUCUCAAGUGUUCUUCCACGUCACAUGGGCCGCUUUUGUGCAGCCAUUCACCGCGGGCCUGACCUCCACUAUCGUUCAACUAUUCUUCGUCUGGCGUAUUCUCAAGUUGAAAGGAAGUGUACUCAUCGUGCGCCUCAUCUGUCUCCUGAUUUCUCUCAUCUCACUGGCCCAAGGUCUCUGCGCAAUGGUGAAUUCCAUUCGAUUGGGCCAAGCACUAGCUCGUACCUCCGAUCUGGAUGGCGCUGCUGGGCAACUAAACACCAAAAUAUGGUUAGGUGGAGCCGUAGCAGCCGACAUGCUGAUUGCCAUCACCAUGUCAAUUAUUUUGGCUGCACAGCGGCGUUCGGUGCCUUGGGCCAAGACAGACUCGUUGAUCACCACACUCAUUAUUCAUGCAGUCGAGACUGGCUCAAUCACGACUAUCGCUGCCGUCCUACAGCUGGCACUCUUCCUUUCGCACCCUGAAAACUUCAUGCAUAACGCGCCGCUCUUGAUCCUCACCAAAUUAUAUUCCAACAUCGUUUUAGCGACACUCAACUGGCGUGCCGAGCGCAAACAUCACGUCUUCAGCGAAAGCAGCAACCCAAGCACGGGAGUCAACGUCGCUGGACAAAGCUUUGGAUUGAAGCGUAUGCCUGCCAGUGGUGACCGCUCAAAAACUGUCACGGUAGAGGUUCAUCAUGGGAGCGAGACCGACCUCGAGCAGAAGCGACCUGGUAUCGACUUUUGA